AUGGAUAGCGAUUCGGCUGAAAAGGAAGUGGACAAGAACGCAAGGAAAGGUAUCAUAAGAAAAAUCGCACAGUGUAAAGCGUCGUUGACAAAGGCAGAAAAUUUUAUCCGCACAUUGGAAUCGCCAAUCAACAAGGACGUGGUAUCUGCGCGGCUACAACAACUGCAGGAGGUGCUGCCAAGGCAUGAGCAGCUACUGAUCGAAUUAAGUACUUUGGACGACACCCUUGAUGAAGACUAUUUCGGAAACGACGCGUUCGAGGACCGGUAUUUGGCGAUCGUGGCGAGCCUUCGAGGCCUACUGGCGCCGCAGCCGCCGUCGCCGGCUCCAGCAUCGGGCGCGCAGCAGUCUACAGACGCGUGCGCUACCAGCGUGAGGCUGCCAGAAAUAGACAUUCCUGUGUUUGACGGCAAGGACUACACAAAAUACCACUCGUUCAUCGAACUCUUUAGUGCAGUGAUAGAUAAUAAUUCUAAAUUAGCCGCAAUUCAAAAGCUUUUCUAUCUUAGAAAAUACUUAAAAGGUGAGCCAUUGUCAUUAAUCGAAGGAUUACCCGUCACCGGGGACUCAUAUGGAAAAGCUCUUGAAUUGUUGAGAAAUAGAUAUGACAAUAAGUUUCUUAUUAUCACUAACCAUGUACAAGAGCUGCUAGACUUCAAUCCACUAGUAAAGGGAGCGGCUACCAACUUAAGAGAGUUAGUGUCACAUGCUCGCCAGCACUUAGGUGCACUGAAAACAUUAGGACAACCGACCGACAGCUGGGACAUGAUAGUUUUACCCAUUUUGUUGCGAAAGGUCGACCAGUUUACUUGCAGAGCCUAUCAUUCGGAGCGUGACACCACAAAGCUGCCCCUACUGGAUGACUUCUUCGCUUUUGUGGAGCGGAGAGCUAGCAGCUUCGAGGAGAGCCAAAGAAGUGAAGGUAAGAGCAACAAUAAUAAUAACACUUACAAAACUAAAGUGUCAAACUAUGCAAGCAAAACUGCCACACAGUCGUGGUCUUGCAAAUAUUGUAGUGAGCAAACACAUAGAUUAUUCAAAUGUGACAAAUUUCUAGCCAUCUCACCAGAGGAAAGGCUCAAUUUCAUUUCACAAAAUAAUUUAUGCAAAAUAUGUUUCAAUUCUCACACAAAUAAAUGUAAAUUUCACUUCAAAUGUGAACAGUGCAAGGACAAAUCGCAUAAUACUCUCUUGCACUGCAAUGAAAAAGUAUCAAUGCACAGUAAUUCUAAUGUUAGCACAAUAUUGCUGCCCACCAUCAAGGCCAAAGUGCUCUGCCGGGAUGGCAAAUCACACAAAGUAGUCCGGGGACUAGUUGACAGUGGCAGCCAAGUGUCAUUUAUGACAGCUGACUUAGCAAAAGCAUUGCAAUUACCGCUAAUUGAUAGCAAUUUAAAUAUCACAGCCUUGGGGAAACAAAACAAAACAACCUCAAAAGCUGUCAAUGCUGAAUUUGUGUCACUUCAAAAUAAUUAUAAGUGCCAAGUUAAUUGUUCCAUAGUGGACCAAAUUACAACCAAGCUGCCACAGCAACAAGUAAGCUGGCAAAAUAUACAGCUGCCAGACUCUGUGGUGCUUGCAGAUAGUGACUUUGACACUCCGGGAGACAUUUCAUUUCUGCUGUCAGCGGACAUAUUCUUCCAAAUAUUGCUGCCUCGCAAAAUCAAGCUGCAAAAUAGUAAUUUGUAUCUUAUUGAUACCCAGUUUGGUUCAAUAUUGUCAGGUGAAGUAAACAAUAGUGAGUUUUGUGCAUCCAGUCACCAUGUCACCUUGCAUGCUAUAUGUGACAACAAUGUGGAUCACCUCCUACAAAAGUUUUGGGAGACUGAAAUGGUCCCUGAAACGAAAAUGGAGGUUACAGCAAAGCAGGAUGCCUGCGAAGCCGAGUUUAAAAGCUCGGUACAGCUCACCAGCGAGUUUCAGGUGUCCCUCCCGCUCAAAGUCCCCGUAGAUCAGCUAGACCUAGGAAAUACAUUUCCUAUAGCAUCAAAAACAUUAAAUGCCAUCGAAAAAAGGUUAGCCAAAGAUGAUCAAUUAAAUAGAAAUUAUAAUGACUUCAUGAAUCAAUACAUAGAAAUGGGUCAUGCAAAGGUCAUCCCACUGUGCCAGUCAAAUUUAAAAAAUGCAUAUUUCAUGCAACACUUGCCAGUCAUAAGGAACGAUAAAAAGACCAAUAAAGUAAGAGUUGUUUUUAAUGGUAACACAAAAGCUAGUUCGCAGCAUCAAAGUUUAAAUGAUGUUUUGCUAAAUGGCCCUAAGGUUCAAAAAGAUCUCUUUGACAUUCUGAUUUUAUUCAGGUCAUUCAAGUAUGUAAUGUUAACGGACAUCAGGCAUAUGUACAGAGCUAUAAAAAUUGAUCCAUCAUUUAGGCAUCUACAAAAUAUAUUAUGGAAAGAUGAAAAUAAUCAAAGAAUUAUUCUGCAAUUACAGACAGUCACCUAUGGACUCAAGAGCUCAAGCUACCUGGCCACCAGAUGUCUCCAGGAGUUAGCAGACCGGUUUGGGAGCAAUAUGCCGCUUGCUGCUGAGGUCAUCCGGACAGCCAUGUACGUUGACGAUGCUCUUUUUGGAGCACAGACCAUCGAUGAAGCUCUUGAGGUUUAAGGCUCAAGCAGCCAGCCAGUUUAUGGGAUCCCUGCCCUCCGAUCGCGUCACCGAGAGCCACCCGUUCGACAAAGUUGGAAUC